GGAGAAGUGAUAGCGGUGCCUUGGAGAACUUUCUGGACAGUGUUUCUCUAGUAAAUAUCAGUAAAUUUCCUUAAUAUGGCUUUAGCUCGUAUAUCUUUCCUGAAAGCUUGGCGACCAGUGUUAGCAGUGAGUCAAGUCAGGAUGGGGGGCGAAUAUGGAUCUGGAGCAGGCAGUGGAGGUGGUACUGGAGGAUCUAUCCGUGAUGCAGGAGGUGCCUUUGGUAAGAUGGAAGCCGCACACGAGGAACAAUAUUUCAGGGCAUUGCAAGCGGAACAGCUCAAAGCCCUGAAGAAACACCAUAAUGACGAAAUCGAGGCACAUGAGAGUGAAAUCCGUAGACACGAAGAAUCAAUCAAAAGGCUUAAGAAGCGAAAGGAUGAAAUCGAAAGCGAUAGUGAUUAGAUUGAAUUUAUUCUAACUUGUCAUACGGCACCAUGUAUGAAGCAUAAUGUAUUGCAAGAUGAUAUUUUCUCAGAUUAUCAGUAUGUUUUGCUUCAAAGUUUGUUAAAGAUCUGUAUAUUCAUUCAGGAGUUAGUGGUGUGACCAACUAUAAAUACUGAUCUAAAAGAGAAGAAAAAAACAAACAAAGUACACAUUUCAUGAAAGCCUAUUUUCAUUAGAAAAAUACUUUGCUCAAAAGGUGAUUGUUCUAUUUCUUUGAUUUUGAUCAACCUAAAAGAAUGUGAUUCUCUUCUGUCAAUUCUAUCCAUAGAUAUCUGAAAUGAUUGUAGUUAUUAUUUUUCUUCUAAAAUGCAUCUAAUUGCCUUGUUAUUUUACUGUGUAUGCUCAAAGCAAAUCAAGUUUCAACUUUUCAGACCACAUGUGUUGAAAUAAGUUGAAAGAGACCAUCUAAUUUAGCAAUUAUCAGACAUACUCUACAAAUCGACAAAUAUCUUCCUUUUCCAUACCUUUAUCACAUUGAGAGUUGAAGUUUAGGAGAUUAUUGAUAUGUCCAUGUUUUGCAUGAGAAUCUGUGUCAUUUCCUUGAAUUACUUCAGGAAAAUAUACUUGACUUUCUCAUAUUGAAAGGAGACUCCUCAUUGACGUAUCCAAAUGCUUACCCUGCGUGUACACACAAGGUAUUAAGUGUGAUACAUGUACAUGUAUGUGUUGUUUAUAGAGAUGUGAAGUUAAUACAAAAUUAAAAACUAAAACAAUGUA